AUGUAUGAUGAAGCAUUCAGAUACUCUGUAAUCCCAAAAAUUUGCAAAUAUCAGACAACAAGACCAGACAUUGGCCAUACAUUGCAUAUAAUUAAUUCUAAAGUCAAAAAUAAUUUUCAAAUUUGGGAGGCCAAUAAAAGUGAUCAAUACACUAUAUUGAAAGAACAGAAAGGCAAUGAUUUGAGACCAGCAAGACCCAUCUGUGUCAAAGAAAUCUAUAUUAUAUAUGAUGUGCUCACAAAAUUCACAGUAAUCUAUCCUGUGCAUCCCAGAAUGCAUGCAUUUGGCCUGAGGUUUCUCAAGUGA